ACAUGAACUUCUACAAGGUCUUCAUCUUUGUCGCCCUCAUCCUGGCCAUUAGCAUGGGUCAAUCCGAGGCUGGUUGGCUGAAGAAGAUCGGCAAGAAAAUUGAACGCAUUGGCCAGCACACUCGAGAUGCCACCAUCCAGGGCUUGGGCAUUGCUCAGCAGGCUGCAAACGUGGCUGCCACAGCCAGGGGCUAAUGCUACAUUUCUUAUUAUUGAUUAAACAUACUUAUUUAUUUUAUUA